GUUAAGAAAGAUUUGAUUGGCCCAGAUCUCAGGUACGGUAAGCAGGUGAGACUGACACAACACAGCAUCACUGACCAAGUAUCGGUCCAUCUAUAAUCUGGGUACCGGGCGAGUACCAUCUCGGCGCGGAAAUCAAAUAUUAACUUCGCUGCUUUUCGAAAACAAUUAACUAUGAGUAUUUUAUAUAAGACCUCAUUUUAUAAUAGUUGUUAAUGCUAGAAAAAUAAUGAUUUACGGCGCUUUCAACAAUUUAUUGUGCUCAUGUCACUUCUAGUUAAACUGUUUAAAGUGCGAUACAUCGCCGUUGAAUAUGAUUUGAGUCUUGUAAAAUAUUUAAAUUUUUUGUGGUGGACUCAGUGAUGUUUUGUGAAUUGAAAAAACAGUUUUGGCUGAGAAAUCAGCAUGUACCUUAGCCAAAAAAAUAGGAUAAAGGGAUUUGCACUUUUGGUGUGGAUUUUCUCUGUAUGGAGUGUCAGGGUGGUGCUCGGUGUUAUAAGUGUAAUAGAUUUUGGAGCUGAAGUAGUUUGUACUAAUAGUCCUGGACUGAUUCAUAGACAAAGAGAUAUGUGUAGGGCAUCACCGGAUGCUAUGGUUGCCGUUGGUGAUGGAAUCAGGAUGGCCACCAACGAGUGUAAAUACCAAUUUAGGCAACACCGAUGGAAUUGUACAGGAAUCGAAAGUCCAUCAUCAUUUGGUCACGUAGUAAUUGUUGGUUCUAGAGAGGCAGCUUUUACAUACGCCAUCAGUAGCGCAGGAGUUGCUUACUCAGUCACAGCAGCAUGUGCAAGAGGAAACAUAUCAGCAUGUGGUUGCGAUCCAGGUCCUAAGCCUAGGGAACCAACGCCUGCCGGUUGGAAAUGGGGAGGAUGUAGUGUAGACAUUAAUUAUGGAGUCCGAUUUGCUAGAAAAUUCUUAGAUGCGAGGGAAUUGGAGAACGAUGCAAGGAGUUUGAUGAACUUGCACAAUAAUAAAGCUGGAAGAAAGGCUGUUAAAAUGAGCCUAAUCGUAGAAUGUAAGUGCCACGGAGUAUCAGGAAGUUGUACCAUGAAAACCUGCUGGAAGACUCUCCCAACGUUCCGACAAAUCGGAGAUUUAUUAAUGAAGAAAUAUUAUCGAGCGAGACCCGUCGCUGCUAACAAUCAGCACGGUCACGGACCUAGAGGUAUAGACUUUCCGAGAAAGGUCAGAAGACAACAUUUAGUUUUGACCAAGGGAAAGGUACCAGUGAAGAAAAUGCCAAAGAUGUCUGAAUUAGUCUUUUUGCAAAUGUCUCCCAAUUAUUGCGAGAGAGAUUUGGCCGCCGGAUCUUUAGGAACAGUAGGAAGACAAUGUAAUAGAACCUCCAGAGGUACUGAUGGUUGUGACUUAAUGUGCUGCGGGCGAGGUUACAACACACACCAAUACACAAAAACUUACCAGUGCAGAUGUAAAUUCCACUGGUGUUGCAAAGUGGAGUGUGAUACGUGCAGUGAAAGGACUGAAGAAUAUAUGUGUAAAUAGACCUGAAAAAAUGUGACAAUUAUCCAUUUAACAUAGUAACAGUACAUCACAUCAAACAGUAAAUAUCAAUUUGUUGAAAGCACUACAUUUUUGUAUUUGUAUAGUUUUGUACUAGUAUCGUGCUUUUCAUUUACGAAGAAAUGACAGGAUAAAAAGUUCACCAUGCGAAUUUAUAGUAGUCCGUUCGAUUAACAUAGAAUCAUCUAUGAAAAGCAAUAAAAAUAGUGAACAGUUCUUAGUUUGAUCACAUUGUAUCUUUGCUUGCGUUAUAAAUACAUCCGUAGAUAAUUAAUGAAGAUUAACUUGAAGUAUAUGUUCAGGGCGAAGCGUCAAAUAGUUCUAUAGUUUGUUUUACUCUAAUUCCAAAUUCCCCCAUUUUUUGUUUCUCUUGAAUCACUUGUCAAAAAAUUUGAUCGUAUUCCAUUCGCAAAAUGGUAUUAUCCAAAUGUAUAACGCAAAAAAUAGCAAGUGAAUCAGGAUUUUCAUAGAAAUACUCUUAAAAAACAUCACCAAUAAUUUUUUCGUUGUAAUAUUCAACAGAAUUUUACAAAAAUUAAAGCAAAUCAUGUACAAAAUCUACAUCAUCCUUUCCUAAAACGAUCUUUCGUUUUAUUUAUUUAUUUUUUUUUUUCAUCAAUAAAUCUUCUAAAACAGCUUAUCUAACAUUUUCAACCGAUAAGAGAAAUUUCGUUUUCCAUUUCUCAAUUUCUAUAUUUGCCUCGAAAUAUCUCUACGUUUUCCACCAGUACCUCCAUGUUUAGCCAAUUAUUUUUACACGUGUAGUUGAAAUUCCACUGGGCUAGAACUUAUGGUUUUAUCAAUGUGAUUGGAAAA